UAGAAGCGAGGUGGAGAUGAGAAAUCAUCAUCGGUAGUUAGUUUAGCCCGCUGAUGUCUGGCGACGAAUGUUAUGAGAUGAACAGUCGACAUUUGCAGUUGUUUUACGUUUGUUAGGCGCCGCGAUGACCAUCUGACGCUCAAGAAUGGACAUAAGUUAACAAUGACGGGGGAGAAAAAGAAGAAGAAGCGGCUAAACCGCAGCAUUCUUCUGGCCAAGAAAAUUAUAAUAAAAGAUGGAGGAAGUCCUCAGGGAAUUGGUGAGCCCAGUGUUUACCACGCCGUGGUCGUCAUCUUCCUGGAGUUUUUCGCAUGGGGUCUGCUCACCACCCCCAUGCUCACAGUAUUGCACCAGACGUUCCCCCAUCAUACAUUCCUGAUGAAUGGCCUAAUCCAUGGUGUCAAGGGUCUCCUGUCAUUUCUCAGCGCCCCCCUCAUCGGAGCCUUGUCAGACGUAUGGGGGCGCAAGUCUUUCCUGUUGCUCACAGUCUUCUUCACAUGUGCGCCCAUUCCGCUGAUGAAGAUCAGCCCGUGGUGGUACUUUGCCGUCAUCUCCAUGUCGGGCGUGUUCGCCGUCACCUUCUCCGUCAUUUUUGCGUACGUGGCCGACAUCACGCAGGAGCACGAGAGGAGCACGGCGUACGGCUUGGUGUCGGCGACCUUCGCCGCCAGUCUGGUCACCAGCCCGGCCAUCGGGGCCUACCUGUCGGAGGCCUACGGCGACACCUUGGUGGUGAUCCUGGCCACCGCCAUCGCGCUGCUGGACAUCUGCUUCAUCCUGGUGGCCGUGCCCGAGUCCCUGCCGGAAAAGAUGAGGCCGGCGUCGUGGGGAGCGCCCAUCUCCUGGGAACAGGCCGAUCCCUUUGCCUCUCUGCGCAAAGUGGGCCAGGACUCCACAGUGCUGCUCAUCUGUAUCACAGUCUUUCUCUCCUACCUGCCCGAGGCGGGCCAGUACUCCAGCUUCUUCCUGUAUCUCAGACAGGUCAUCGGCUUCUCAUCAGCGACGGUGGCCGCCUUUAUCGCCGUGGUGGGAAUCCUCUCCAUAUUAGCUCAGACUGUGGUUCUAGGGGUCCUGAUGCGUUCCAUCGGGAACAAGAACACCAUCCUACUAGGCCUGGGCUUCCAGAUCCUCCAGCUGGCCUGGUACGGCUUCGGCUCGCAGCCUUGGAUGAUGUGGGCUGCUGGAGCCGUGGCGGCCAUGUCCAGCAUCACAUUCCCGGCCAUCAGCGCCAUCGUGUCCCGCAACGCCGAUCCCGACCAACAAGGUGUGGUCCAGGGCAUGAUCACAGGCAUCCGAGGUCUCUGUAACGGCUUGGGCCCGGCGCUCUAUGGCUUUGUCUUCUACCUUUUCCAUGUGGAGCUGACUGACACGGACGGCUCGGGGAAAGGUGCCAAAUCCAACAUGGCCAACCCGACAGACGAGAGCGCCAUCAUCCCUGGCCCCCCCUUCCUGUUCGGCGCCUGCUCGGUGCUGCUCUCCCUGCUGGUGGCGCUCUUCAUCCCCGAGCACACGGGGCCCGGCGUGCGGCCCGGCGCCUACAAGAAGCACAGCAACGGGGCACAGAGCCACUCCCACAGCCCGCAAGGCAGCGGCGCCGAGGGCAAGCAGCCACUGCUGGAGGACAGCAGCGUAUAACCUUCGCUGCCUGGGGGGAGGGGGUCCCCCCCAACCCCCAACACACACAACACACUUUCAUAUAAGACUUGUUUUUGUGCAGCACAAACAGGACUGUUGUUGAGGAAGAAGAAGAAGAGCGUGCGAGGCCACGCCCCCUCCUGGAAACUAACUUUUUAUGGCGGAAAUCCAAAAAGCAGACCACUCUUUCUUUCCUUCUUUGUCAGCGUUCACAUUUAACUCUACUCUUUUGUUUCUCCCUCCCAAGCAAGGAGGCGUCGGCACCUUUUUUGUUUAGUUUUUUUCUUCAUUCAUCAAACAAACGUUGCCUUGAAGUGACCUAAUAGAAAUAGAUUUAUAGAAUCACAUAGAUCCGUGGAUAUUACGCAACCUGUAUGAUGACCGCGGUCUGAGAAGGCUCUGUGAUCUGAUGCUAUCGCUCCCAUCGGAGCUUCUUUUUUGUUUUCCCAAUGACCACCAUGUUGUUUGAAACACAGCGAAGAAUUCAAAUAGUUCCUGUGGUGCUCUGUGCUGAUGCUACACGUGCACUACUACAGUACAGGGGAGGCUUCUCUGCUCCGCUGCAGAUACUCUCACGGCCAGCAGGUGGCCUCAGUCUGCCGCACAAGUGUCCCCUCCACAUCUUUAAACGCACGCUCGCGCGCCGUCUCGAAGUGCAUUUCAGUGUACACAUGGUUAGCCACGUGAGCCAACGUUUCACAUCUCCUUACUUGACUGUAAAAACAUAUUUGUGCCAAUUUAUUUUUGGAACAUGUGCUCGUUUCUUUGUGUUGAGUCAUUUCCAUUGUCUUGUCUUAAUCAGAUGUAAUCUAGCUAUAUCUAUUUAUAUAUAAAUAUGUAUAGCCUUUCUAAAUGAUGCUUUCUUUGAGGAACCCCGACGUCCAUCUCCUUUCACACAUCAAGCAUUUCACAAACAUUUGGGGUUUUUUUCUUCUUGCAUGUAACGUUUCCUUUUUAUUUCCAACAAGUUUUCUUUUGAUAUCCUUUCAGGUUUUUUUUUGUUGUUUUUUUUUUAA